AUGCCGAUCAUCCUCGCCCGGCACGCGGAGCGCCUCGACUAUGUCGAGCGCGACGCGGGCCGCAACUGGAUCGCGUCGAGUGCCCAGCCGUGGAACACGCCUCUCACGGGCGCAGGAGGGCUGCAGGCGGCCGCGCUGGGUCGAGCGAUCGCGAGGCACAUCGAGUCGCACCGCCUGCCGCCCGUCACCCGCAUCUACUGCUCGCCGCUGCUGCGGUGCGUGCAGACCGCCGCCGCGGCGGCCGCGGCGCUCGCCUCCGCCUCCGGCAUCGGUAUCGACGCCCGGAUAGACCUUUCGCUGAUGGAGCACAUGGGCGAGGCGUGGUACCGGUCGUGGUGCAUCGGCGGCGUCAGCGACUCCACCUGGGGCGGGCCGGACGGCCGCAAGGCGUGGGGCACCCCCGUCGACGAGGCUCUCAUCCACCCGCUGGCAAAGAGGUCUGCGUCCGAGCUGCUCCCGCGCACCAACGCCGAAUUCCUCGCCUCGCUGCAAGCCCGCGGCGUCGCCUCGUCUGAGGGCGCUAGCUCACUCUCUGCCGAUCUGGUCGGGGAGAUGGAGCUGCUCUUGCGGGCGCCAGGCCAGGGGGGGGACACGGGAGCGGGCACCGUCGUGGAGGCAGACUUCAGAUGGGGCGAGUUCGAGACGCAUGCGCGGGAGGAGGAGCGGGUGACGCGGCUGUUUGACUACGUGGCGAAGGCGCACCACCCCGGCGAGACAGUGCUGCUCGUCUCGCACGGCAGCCCCACCUCGGCCCUAUUUCGCCACUCGCAGAGGAACCGGCCGCCGGACGGGGCUGGGGGCAGGUGGCCGCCCUGCCAGUACUGCGGCCUGUAUGUCCUCGUCGCGCCGCGCGAGGAUGGCAGCUGGGAGGCGGCCGCCCUUGCGCGCGGCCGGCCGACCGAUCGGCCAGCACCCUCGCGAACGGGCCUUCUCUCUCGCCUUUAG